UAUAUAGCCAAUGUAAUGUCGACGUAGCUGUCAAACGUGUGCUAUGGCCCUUACGCAUAAACACAAACAAACAUUUAAAAUCGAUAACUGAUAAAAGUUUUACGUUUUUAUGGUUUCUGCAACGAUAAAAUGCCGCAUUGUACUGCGGUCAAUUAGUGGCGUAUAAUUUGCUCCGAAAAAGCGCUGGGAUGCGAUGAGCUCGUUUGUGCUUGGAUUUUAGCUCGACUUGACAUACGUUAAUAGGAUUACAAUGCAGCAUCAAUAUUGGAUAACUAAACAAACUCUUUCAAGAAAAUUUGGAAGAAAGGAAGAUGAAUGUAUUGUAUCUUCUGAUGCUCAAUUAGAUGCCAAGUUAGAACUAUUUCGAAAUAUUCAAACAUCAUGUACACUCAUACAAAGAAUCAUAGACAAAUAUCAGGAGUCCAUAUGUUGUUUGGCUGAAGAAACUAACUCUAUGGGGAGGUUUUUGAAGAAACAUAGCGAAGAAGAUAAAAUACGAGCUGGAGAUGCUAUGUCAGCUGUAGGAAAAUCUCUUGUCUUCUGUGCCCAGCAGCAGUUGCUGUUGCAUGAGCCUUUGAUGAGGUUUUACCAAGAACUUGAAACAUUUCGCCAACGAGCUAUAGGAGAUACCCUUCAAAAUGUGAUAGCUAUGGAAAAAGCUAGAACUGAGUACAGAGCAGCUUUGUCUUGGAUGAAAAAUGUGUCACUUCAGCUGGAUCCAGAUGCAAACAAACAACUAGAAAAGUUUAAAAAGGUGCAAGAUCAGGUACGCAGAGGUAAAAUGACUUUUGAUAAGUUGGCACUGGAUUGUUUGCAAAAAGUAGAUCUUCUUGCAGCAGCACGAUGCAAUAUGUUGAAUCACUCAUUGAGUUUCUAUCAAAAUAAUUUUCUGACUUGCACCGAAAAAUCGGCAAAAACUUAUUCCAGUGUCUCUAAAGUCUUUGAAAAUAAGUAUGGAAAUAGAGUAUCUCCAGAGGAACUCCAUAAAGCAACAUCAGCGGACACCAAAGACAAUGAUGGUAAAAAGAAAAGCAAGAAAGAAAAUAAGGACUCUUCCAAUGAAAACACUAGUUUAUUGAUACCUGAUAAUGAUAUAUCUCCACUGGACAAUACUGGUGUAAAUGAAUUGGUCACGGACUUUUUCGAAAAAAUAUCUGAUACUACUGUUUCGAAGAAUUUAAAGAGUCAAAACAGUGCUGGACUUUCAUCUACUGACAAAGAUGUGUCCCACGAUCAAGAAUAUUACGAAAAUUUGGAGAAAGAAUUUUUAUCACAAUAUGAAAAUAGUUCCUCAACCGAUCUUCUUACAAAUAAAACUAGUUACACGGAUACGCCUGAAAUGCUGUGGAAUCCUGAUGACGAAGAUUCUUUUCUUCCCAGGUCGCUUUUGAAGCAAAGCUUAAAAAGCGCUACUGAUACGUCCAAAGCCGAAAAGAAAAACACUCGCGCGGAUAAAAACAAGACGGAGGAAGGGAACAAAAAUAAUAGCGCCAAAUCAUGGCUCGAUCUGUUUGAAGAACUCGACCCACUGUCCAAUAAUCAAAUGCAAAAAUCGUCAAAGAACAAAAAUUCGUUUGUUUAGGCUUUUUAAAAUUUAGAAAGAGUAAUUAUUUGACCAAAGCAUUUAUAAAUACAUAUUAAUAUAUUGAAGCGUUUAAUUAUGUGUAUGUCUAGGUAAAUAUAUUUAUGAAUAAUUUAUAUUGUGACAGAUAUUUUAUCUGUUGUUGUACUUCCGUGAUUAUGAAAAGAGAAAUAAAAAUUUUAUACUGUGUAUAUAAGCAAGUAGGUAUAUUCGUCGGUUAUUGAUUAAAACUUUUGUGGUUGGUGGAUUGAGAGAAAGAUAUAAAAAUGUCAAAAAUAUAAGUUUAAAAUUAAAAUUUGUAUAGUCCUUAUUAAAUAAAAAAAAAGGCAGAUCUGGUUA